CCAAAGAUCUGCUGGAGACCAUUUCUAAGCAGACAGGCUGUCACAUUAGACUCGUGAUGGAGAAGAAAGAUCUGGAGUGUCUGAUGACCGAGAAAACAUGCAGAAGGAUGAGGUGGCCUUCAUGGGUGCAGAAUGUGAAGAUGUGGAGAUCAUGACGCAGGUGGGGCUGAAUGCUGUACCUCCUGAUGCACCUGUGUCACGUCUCAUUGCAGCUGACUUCACCUGUCAGAGACCAGAGGGUCAUGGGGCGGUUUUUGAGUUUGCUCAGUACAUCCUGCAAAUGAAGAAAAAGACAAAGUCACAGAUGAGCGUGAUCUCCUCAAAAGGAAAAACUUUUUUGGAUAAGAGCCUUUUUAUCUACAAAAUGUCAUCUGAGUUUGAACUUUGUCCUGGAAGAAGAAUUGGGGGCUCCAAUCCCUGUUUUAUCAUCGCUGAGAUCGGACAAAACCAUCAAGGAGACAUUGAGAUUGCCAGAAGAAUGAUCAAAAUGGCUAAGGAUUGUGGAGCCGACUGUGCAAAGUUUCAGAAAAGCGAGAUCGAGCACAGAUUCACCAAACAUGCUCUGGAGCGCCCUUAUACGUCUCCUCACGCCUGGGGUCCAACCUAUGGAGCUCACAAGCAACACCUAGAGUUCAGUCACCAGCAGUACAGGGAACUACAGCAGUAUGCAAAUGACAUUGGCAUUUUCUUUACAGCAUCAGGAAUGGACGAGAUGGCUGUAGAGUUUCUUCACGAGAUAAAUGUGCCGUUUUUUAAAGUGGCAUCAGCUGACACAAACAACCUACAGUACCUGGAGAAAACUGCAAAGAAAGGUCGUCCCAUGGUGAUCUCCAGUGGUAUGCAGUCUAUGGACACCAUGCGCUGUGUUUACCAAACAGUGAAGAAGCACAAUCCUAAUUUCACCUUUCUGCAGUGCACCAGCGCUUAUCCACUGCCGACAGAGCACAUUAAUCUCAGUCUGAUCACUGAGUUUCAGAAGGAGUUUCCAGACAUUCCCAUAGGCUACUCUGGACAUGAGACGGGCAUUCAUGUGUCUGUGGCUGCCGUGGCACUGGGAGCAAAGGUGUUGGAGCGUCAUGUGACCCUGGACAAGACCUGGAAAGGCAGUGACCAUUCAGCUUCAUUGGAGCCAGCUGAGCUUGCAGAACUGGUGAAAGCCAUCAGGACUGUUGAGACGGCCAUGGGUUCACCAAUCAAACAGAUGCUGUCCUGUGAAUCAUCCUGCCAUAGCAAGUUGGGUAAGUCAGUGGUCGCCCUGGUUCCACUGCAGAAGGGUGUGACAUUAACUCUCGACAUGUUGACAGUAAAAGUGGCUGAACCGCACGGUAUGGCACCCGAGAACAUCUUCAAACUGGUGGGCAAGAAAAUCACUGUGGACGUGGGAGAAGAUGACACCAUAACUGAUGAUAUGAUAGAAUAAUGAAGAGCAGAUUUUUUGUUAUUUAGACAUACUGUGUUGUUAUUGAAAACAUCUUUAUAGUCAAGAAUGAAUCUAAAUCUGUGUGUUUUAAUGAAAGCAGAGAAAGCAUGAUUGGCUGUUGUACAUUAGAAUGGAGUGUCUCUGAAACCCUACUACAGUACAUACCCCUGUAAUGAUGUGUAAACUCAUAACAUGCAUAAAAAAGAGUGUAACGCAAAAUAAAUAAAAUGUGAAAUAUCAGUUGAUCAUAAACAACUCAAGUAUAUCACUGUAUUAAAUGAUUAAAAUGACAAUAAAAAUGUAC